AUGGACCUGUCCGAAUGUUCUCAAAGAAAUCGACCAGAUCACUCAAUCUUCAGCAACCAGCUCAGCCAGCAUUUCAAAAAGACUCCAAAAACAAAGAUGCGACUCAAACUCCUGAGCUUCUAUUUAGUCGCUUUUUGUGCAGGGCUAGCAGAGUCCACGCCGCGAAGCCACACCAUACUCCCACGGCCAGACAUAAAACCAGCACCAUUUGACGCUGGACAUGUUAUGCCUAAUUCACCUCUUCGCCAUCCCAAGCGUCGAUGCUUUGUCAAGCAAGGGGCUGUCCCUGACCGUAACGAUGCGCAUGCCAUCUACCAUGCCUUCAGGGAAUGCAACAAUGGCGGUACGAUCAUACUGAACGAGACAUAUCAUAUUGGCUCUCCGCUGGAUUUGACGUUUCUCAAGCACGUCGAUGUUGUGCUUACUGGUGAGAUCCAUUUCGACGACAGCGAUGUUUACUACUGGGCAGAGAACAGUUUCAAGUACGAGUUCCAGAACCAGUCUGUGUUUUGGAAGUGGGGUGGCGUAGAUGUAAAUAUCUACGGAGAUUUGAGUGUGGAGGGCAGCAUAAUCGAUGGGCACGGACAGGCAUACUGGGAAGAGAUACGUACAAACAAGAGUCUCUUCCGGCCUAUGCUCUUCGCAUUCGACGGAAUGAAAGGGGCACGUAUGUCGAAUUUACGGAUGCGCAACCCUCCGCAUUGGUUCAACAUCAUUGCCAACUCAUCCGACAUCUUGAUUAGCAAUAUGGAUCUCCAAGCCAAGAGCCUCAACAACGUCACAAUUGCGAACUCGGAUGGGUGGGAUACAUACCGCUCAGAUCGUGUCGUCAUACAAGACUCAGUCAUCACGAACACAGACGACUGUGUUUCUUUCAAACCAAACAGCACCAACAUCGUGGUCCAGAACCUCGACUGCACUGGCUCUCACGGUAUCAGUGUCGGUUCACUUGGUCAAUACGCCAACACGACCGACAUUGUUGAGAAUCUUUACGUUUACAAUGUCUCCCUAUCAGACUCUAGCGAUGGGGCUCGCAUCAAGGUAUGGCCAGGUAUUGCAACCAAUUUCCAAACGCUGUUAAAUGGCGGCGGUGGGUUAGGGAGAGUAAAGAACGUAACGUACGAUCUAUUCAGAAACGUGAACAACGAUCGUGCGAUCACAAUUACGCAGUGCUACGGGCAGAAAAAUCAGAGUUUAUGUUAUGAACAUCCUGCAAAUUUGACUAUUGAGGACAUUAAGAUCAAGAAUAUGUUUGGCACGACUUCUGGAAAGUUAGAUCCGCAGGCUGGGAGUUUGAUUUGUAGUGCGCCAGACCGCUGCAGCAACAUUCGUGCGGAGAACAUCACUGUGCAGGUGCCUAGCGGUAAGACGCCUACAUAUGCAUGUAAAAAUAUAGACAGUACCUUGUUAGGUAUAAAUUGUAUGGAGGCAGCUGAGGAGAGGGACUUGGGUCAGGGCUGA